CCAGGGGCCGUUGCAAAGCCAGGGCACGCAGCCGGGCGGAGAGGACAGAGCCCUGCUCAGCGUGAGCAGCUCCGCGGCGGAGGCGGAGGCCGAAGAGGGGCGCCAGGCCCCGAUCGUCGCGUGGCCCCCAGCCCCGGAGGCGCCCCAGAGCGCUUCUUGCCCCCGCAGCAGCCACUCCUCCGGCGCCCUCCGCGCGGUGCCUCCAACUCAGCGCUGGAAGAAAAACUUUCCGCGUGCCUUACAGAACUGCAGCGCCUCCUCUAAAGUGACUCCGGGAGCUUUGGCGGUAGCCGGCUCAGCGCGCACUUUCAAAGCGUAAUAGUAAUCGCUAAAUUCAACAAUCCAGAGCGAGGCCGGUGAGGCUCUGCUCUCCCGACCCAAACAAAAGCUCCCUCGCUCGGUGUGCUGAGGCGCGCGGUGUCUCCCGGGGCUCCAAUGCAGCCUGCGGUCCUCGCGAGGUCCCGAACGUGCACGGCGGACGGCGACAUGGGGGACACGGCGCGGGCUCGGAGCUCUCAGCCCGCGCCCACGCUGCUGCUGCUGCUGCUGCUAGCCGUGGCCACAGCGCUGCUGGCGUUGCCGGGUGCGCUCGGGCGCCCCGCCGAGGAGGACGAGGAGCUGGUGCUGCCGGAGCUGGAACGCGCCCCAGGACACGGGACCACGCGCCUCCGCCUGGACGCCUUUGGCCGGCUGCUGCACCUGGAGCUGCAACCCGACCGCGGCUUCCUGGCGCCCGGCUUCACGCUCCAGACCGUGGGGCGCAGACCCGGGCCCGAGGAGCUGCAUGCGGACGCCGCCGGCGACCUGGCGCACUGCUUUUACUCUGGCACCGUGAAUGGCGACCCCAGUUCCGCCGCCGCCCUCAGCCUCUGCCAGGGCGUACGCGGUGCCUUCUACCUGCAAGGCGAGGAGUACUUCAUCCAGCCUGCGCCCGCUGCCGCCACCGAGCGCCUGGUCCCCACCGCCGCCGGGGAGGAGCCGCCAGCGAGGCCACAGUUCCAUCUCCUGCGGCGGAGGCGGCGGGGCGGCGGCGCCAAGUGCGGGGUCAUGGACGAAGAGACCCUGCCGGCGAGGGGCCUGGGGCCCGAGAGCGAGGACGCCGGGGCGCAGUGGGACUGGGCGCCGCAACACGCCGGACAACCAACAGGAACUGGAAGCAUAAGAAAGAAGCGAUUUGUGUCUAGCCCCCGCUAUGUGGAAACUAUGCUUGUGGCGGACCAGUCAAUGGCAGAGUUCCACGGCAGUGGUCUAAAGCACUACCUUCUUACCUUGUUCUCCGUGGCAGCCAGGUUGUACAAACACCCCAGCAUUCGGAAUUCAGUUAGCCUGGUAGUGGUGAAGAUAUUGGUCAUCUAUGAGGAACAGAAGGGGCCAGAAGUGACCUCCAAUGCUGCCCUCACUCUGCGGAACUUCUGCAACUGGCAAAAGCAGCACAACCCACCCAGUGACCGGGAUGCAGAGCACUAUGACACGGCGAUUCUUUUCACCAGACAGGACCUGUGUGGGGCCCAAACAUGUGAUACUCUUGGGAUGGCUGAUGUUGGAACUGUGUGUGAUCCGAGCAGAAGCUGCUCAGUUAUAGAAGAUGAUGGUUUACAAGCUGCCUUCACCACAGCCCAUGAAUUAGGCCAUGUGUUUAACAUGCCACAUGAUGAUGCAAAGCAGUGUGCCAGCCUUAAUGUUGUGAACCGGGAUUCCCACAUGAUGGCCUCAAUGCUUUCCAAUUUGGACCGCAGCCAGCCAUGGUCUCCCUGUAGUGCCUACAUGAUUACGUCAUUUCUGGAUAAUGGUCAUGGGGAAUGUUUGAUGGACAAGCCCCAGAAUCCCAUAAAUCUCCCGUCCGAUCUCCCUGGCACCUUGUACGAUGCCAAUCGGCAGUGCCAGUUUACAUUUGGGGAGGAGUCCAAACACUGCCCCGAUGCAGCCAGCACGUGCACCACCUUGUGGUGCACUGGUACCUCUGGCGGGGUGCUGGUGUGCCAAACCAAACACUUUCCUUGGGCAGACGGCACCAGCUGUGGAGAAGGGAAAUGGUGUGUCAACGGCAAGUGUGUGAACAAGACUGACAAGAAGCAUUUCGAUACUCCUGUUCAUGGAAGCUGGGGGCACUGGGGACCCUGGGGAGACUGUUCGAGGACAUGUGGUGGAGGAGUGCAGUAUACAAUGAGGGAGUGUGACAACCCAGUCCCAAAGAACGGAGGGAAGUACUGUGAAGGCAAACGAGUGCGCUACAGGUCGUGUAACAUUGAGGACUGUCCAGAAAACAAUGGAAAAACCUUUAGAGAGGAACAAUGUGAGGCACACAACGAGUUUUCCAAAGCUUCCUUUGGGAGUGGGCCCGCAGUGGAGUGGAUGCCCAAGUAUGCUGGCGUCUCCCCAAAAGACAGGUGCAAGCUCAUCUGUCAAGCCAAAGGCAUUGGCUACUUCUUCGUUUUACAGCCCAAGGUUGUAGAUGGUACUCCGUGUAGCCCAGAUUCCACCUCUGUCUGUGUGCAAGGACAGUGUGUAAAAGCUGGUUGUGAUCGCAUCAUAGACUCCAAAAAGAAGUUUGAUAAAUGUGGUAUUUGUGGAGGAAAUGGAUCUACAUGCAAGAAAAUAUCAGGAUCAGUUACUAGUGCAAAACCUGGAUAUCACGAUAUUGUCACAAUUCCGACUGGAGCCACAAACAUUGAAGUGAAACAGAGGAAUCAGAGGGGAUCUAGAAACAAUGGCAGCUUUCUUGCCAUCAAAGCUGCCGAUGGUACCUAUAUCCUUAAUGGCAACUUCACUCUAUCCACUUUAGAGCAAGACAUUUCAUACAAAGGUGUUGUCUUGAGAUACAGUGGCUCUUCUGCUGCAUUGGAAAGAAUUCGCAGCUUUAGCCCUCUCAAAGAGCCCUUAACCAUCCAGGUUCUUACUGUGGGCAAUGCCCUUCGACCAAAAAUUAAAUACACCUAUUUUGUGAAGAAGAAGAAGGAAUCGUUCAAUGCUAUCCCUACUUUUUCAGAAUGGGUCAUUGAAGAGUGGGGCGAAUGUUCCAAGUCAUGUGGAUUGGGUUGGCAGAGAAGACUGGUAGAAUGCAGAGACAUUAAUGGACAGCCUGCUUCAGAGUGUGCAAAGGAGGUGAAGCCAGCCAGCACCAGACCUUGUGCCGACCUGCCUUGCCCCCACUGGCAGUUGGGUGAUUGGUCGCCAUGUUCCAAGACUUGUGGGAAGGGUUAUAAAAAGAGAACCUUGAAGUGUCUGUCCCAUGAUGGGGGAGUGUUGUCUCAUGAGAGCUGUGAUUCUUUAAAGAAACCUAAACAUUACAUAGACUUUUGCACGAUGGCAGAAUGCAGUUAAACAGGGUUAGUUCUGAGAGUAAGGCAGAGCAAGAAAGGACUGAUGUGCUGAUAUCAAGAAGGCUGGGUGGAUCCAGUGUAUUUUCCUGGUAACCAGUGAGUGAGGUAUGACGACGAGGUGGGAGUGUGGAGGUAGAUAGGAAAGGAGUUAGAUCACCAGAAUAGCCUGUCAGUUACAAAUUUGAUAGGGUAGUUAAUGAGGAUUAUUAACCUCUGAUCAAUGAUAUAGCAUGAUAAAGCCCCAGGGCAUUACUAUUAUUAUUUCUUCUAUUACAUCUAUUGCAAGAUUUUUUUUUUUAAUUGUCAGAAAAAGAAAUAUACAGCCCCUGUUUCCUGGUACUGAUUAAAUAUUUUGUAUCAUGGGGUUGGGAAAUAAAAAGCAGGAGAAAGAUGAGAUUUCCUUUAAGACAUGGCUUACUUUACCUCACUACCAUUGAGGGGAGAAAGGAGUACAGAUCAGAUCUUUGACCAGCACUGUUGAUGGCAGCUAUGGUUUCAGAGAAUGUUUAUACAUCUGUUCUACCAAGAGCUCAGUUUGUUCAGCAUGAGAUAAAGGCUCGGCAACGUGAAAUGACUCAAAUGGCUUCUUGUACCAUCUCAGUCUUUAUUUGUGUAAUUCAUUUUGUUGAAAAAGACAAUUCCAUGUAUUUAUAAAAGUGCAUUCAGUCUACAAAGGCAAAAGAAGCAGCAAAGUAUUAGGUGCUGUUAAAGACUAGAGGAGACACGAUGAGCUUGGGACCUCCCACCUUUAGUUCCUCCUGUGUAAGCCUAUUUUGGGUAUAUGGAUGUGAAGAAAUGAUUUGUGUCUCAAGAAAGUAAAACCACACAAGAAAGAUGUAAUGCCAGAGCAAGAAUGGAGUGUAUAGAACAGAGUCCCACGGGCUUGGGGACAUUGAGAUCAUCUGUCUCAUGGUGGGGAGGCUACUGAGGGGUAGCAGGUCCAUCCCCAGCAGCUGGUUCAACAGUCAUAUCCUGGUGAAUGUGUUUAGCUCUUCUAUAAGAGAGAACAUGACUUUUCCCAUAUGUAUAUAGUAAAAUAUGUUACUAUAAAUUAUACGUACUUUAUAAGUAUUGGUUUGUGUGUUCCUUCUAAGAAGGAUUAUAGUUUGUAAUAAAU